AUGGAUUCUUACUUCCGAGGUACCUUGGGGCUGAUUCUUGUCCUCUUCAAUGUGCCUCAGUUCACCUGCACCAUGAACUGCCCAAAAAAGUGCAUUUGCAAAGCUGAGGUCUUUUGUAGCUAUGGCAUCAUAGACGUACCCAGGGAACUUCCUCUCAACACAACCAAACUUCAGAUGACGCUAACCAAUAUAAGGGUCCUGAGUGAGCACAGCUUUGAUUUCCUGAGCCUGCUGUCCCGUUUCAGUCUGGAUAAAAGCCCCUUACACACCAUCAAUCCUCAGGCUUUUCAUGCCGUUCCAAAGCUCAGGUCUAUCAGAAUGUCAAGCACUGAUCUCUCCACCCUUCCUGCUCGAGUUUUCAGCCGACUGACUGAACUGGAGCAGCUGAUUCUAGAUGACAACAAGCUGGAAACCAUAGCUCCGGAUAUGUUUGAAGGACUCAUUAGGUUGCGGGACCUGAGCCUGAGCAAAAACAAACUGAAAAAUCUUGCUCCUGAUAUUUUUGAUGGACUGACCAACCUCUGUUUUCUAAACCUCGGCAGGAACUCAAUAAAGAAGCUCCCACCUACCAUAUUUCACAGUUUGACUAAACUUGAGACACUAAUUCUCUAUUACAACUAUUUGGAGGUGCUUGAACCAGGGAUCUUUGACAGGCUUGUUGUCCUUGCAGAUCUCAGAUUACAGCAAAACCAGAUCAGCAGCCUUCCUCCUCAGGUGUUCUGGCCUCUUAGGAACUUGAAGUUCCUCUACCUGUCCAACAACCAACUCCAGACUAUCCCAGAAAAGAGCUUCUACUUCAAGCCCAGGCUGCUGAAGCUUACACUGAGUAGGAACCCGCUUAUUUCUCUACCACACCAGCUAAUGGGCCACAUGCCUUACAUGCUAGAGUUUAAUUUUUAUGAAACCAACCUGACUUCUGUUCCUGCAAACCUGUUUGCUAACAUGUCCGGACUCUGGGGUCUUUACUUUGGGAAGAAUAACCAGCUGAAAGAGCUGCCUUCAGACCUCUUUUGCUGCCUCCCACAGCUUCAAAAUCUCACUUUACAAUCAAACAACCUCCAUCAUCUUCACCCUCAGAUCUUCUCAAGACUAACCUCGCUGAAAGUACUGCGUCUUAAUCACAACAAGCUGCAGAACCUGCCAGAAGACAUUUUUCAUGGCCUUGGAAAGCUUUUGAUAAUUGAUUUGAAGGAAAACGAGCUCCAGACUCUCCCAGGAGAUAUUUUCUUGUGGAAUAAAGUUUUGAAGGAGGUUCUUUUGAGUAACAACACCUGGAAUUGUACCUGUGAUAUCAGAGGCCUUGCAAAAUGGAUAAGGAAGAAUGAGCAUGUGGUUCCAGACAGAAAUAACACUCAGUGUAGUAGUCCUAUAGACCAGGUUGACAACACCCUGGACUCUCUGCAGGAUGAGGCAUUCUUCUAUUGUGAUGCUACAACAGCCACUUAUUUUACAACAUCUCUGCAAACUCAACUUACCAUCACCAUUGCCUGUACCACCACCACUGCUAAUACCAAAACCAUUGCUAGUACCACCACCACUGCUAGUACUACCCCCAUUGCUACUACCACCACCACUGCUAGUACUACCCCCAUUGCUACUACCACCACCACUGCUAAGACUCCUGUCCCUGAUGACAUAUCCCCUCCAUUCUAUGACACCAUGGUGGUUGAGAACCGGCCCAACUUUGUUCACCAUAACUUUCACAAUGGCUGGGUAUACGUAUGGUCACUUCCCUCGAAUACAGUUACGGCAGGGUUCUUUAUGUUUUCUCACAUCUGUCUCGUGGCUGCAGGCGUGUUUCUAAUUCUCGCUUCCUUGUACAGCAUGCACCGCCUCGAUAAGAUCAUGGACGAACUGAAGGCUGAGUGUGCAGAAACUUGGGGGUAAAAAAAGAACAAGCUAUCAGACCGGUUGCAUGAGACCAUGAUAAACUGUCCGCUUCCGGUGUGGCAGUUUGUAAAAGAUAACUCUUGUGUGCUGUAUGUUUUU